GGAUUGGUAGUCCCUGAAGAAAAUGAUUCCCUGGUUAAUACAUUUGGGAAGUUCUUGACCACAUCUGGAGAUGUAUAGUAAUAAAGUCUUGAAUACCUUUUCAAUAUUCCAUGUAACAGUUUGGAAAUCAUUGUGUUAUUUAUCUGAUAUGGUGAAAAUUCUCAUGUCCCUCUUUUUUUUAAUGUGAAUUUUUCUUACUUUAAUUUCAUUAUCUGACAGAAAGGCAAAAACAAUUCAGAUUCGGGUUCCAUCAGGCAAUAUUAGGAAGUGUUGUGUUCAAAGGUCAUGACUGCCACAAGGCCAACAUUGUGAAACUUGGGGUUGGGUUGCUCCCACAGUGCUGUGAGGACAUUGCUGAACUAUAUCCCCAACCCGAGUUUGAGACAAUGAUCGUAAACAACUGCUGCAUACAGCUGGUGCAGACUCCUUACCAGUUUGAUGUGCUGGUGCUGCCCUAUCUCUACGGGAACAUUAUUGACAAUCUGGCUGCUGGCCUGGUUGAGGGAGCUGGUGUGGCACCUGAGGAGAGCUGCAGUGUAGAGUAUGCCAUUUUUGAGAUGGUUGCCCAGGAUCCAUUCACCCAGGCAGUGGGCAGGAAUAUAGGCAAACUCACAGCCAUACUGCUCUCAGUUUCCAAAAUGCUACGACACCUGAAUCUAGAAUAUCACUCCAGCAUGACUGCAGGUGCAGUGAAGAAGGUCAUCAAAGUUGACAAGAUGCAGCGGACCUGAGACAUGGCCGGCUAGAGCACCACAACGGACUUCAUCAAGUCUGUCAUUGGCCACCAGCACCCAUAAUGGGCCUAGAGCCCUUUACUCCCUCCAACCUUGUGAGGACCACACUACCUACCCUUCCCUUCUGGACAGAGGACCAGAGAAGAGCCCUUAAACUUAUAGACCAUAACCACCUUCUAGGCAAAGCAUAGGUUCGAACUCCUGACAUGGGUGGCUAGGCCACCUGCUGAGACUUACUUUACUGAGGCUGUCAUUGAUGUCCGGUCCCACCUACAUCCACAUAAAGGUGUCCAAUAAAACUUGUACAUCAAGAAAAAAAAA